GUUGCAGACGAAUAGAUAUAUACCAGAAAUGGCUUUUCAACCGCUUGGAACAGGACAAGAACAUAAGAAUAGGAAGAUACUGGAACAGCUGGAGGAACAAAAGAAGAGACUGCGGAUGCAAACUCAUGGAGGAAGUGCUGGAGGAGUUGGUGUUAGUGGAGGCGGCAAUGGAGCCUCCGGUGCUGCAAAUGUCAGCAGUGGUUCUACAAGCACGGUUUCUCAGCAAGCUUCACAUUUAUCAAAUAUCAGCAUGGUUAUGGAGACACAGCAAAUGACCCCAGCACAGAGAGCAGCAUUACAGCAUGCCAAUGCCAACUCUGUGGGCUACUUCAUCACACAAGACUCCUCAUUUGGGAAUUUGAUACUACCAGUGCUACCUCGCUUCAAUGAAAAAACGUGACACGUGGAUCAACAGAGCAUCACAGAUAGUCAUCGUCAUCGUCGUCGUCAUUAUCAUUUAUGUUUGAAACAUGUAACAAAGCAUUUAUUUUGAAUUUAUUUUAAGGAUGACUUUUAUCAUGAAUGAAAAAUACAAUGAGAUUGGAAGAUCAAGAAGGAAUGGACCGACAAAGCAAGAAGAGAAAAAGGACCAGUAAAACAUGCUGAAAUUUCAUACCAUAUUUGAUAAAUAUAUCUAUGGCAAAAUUUUAAUACUGUUUUAAAUAUUUGGUUGUAGAAACAAAAAGUGAAAGAUAGUGGAAAUGUAUGUUGAACUUUGAAAGGUUUCAUAAGGUAUACUGAAAUUCCAGAUAAUGAAUAUUAUAACAAAUAUUAAGAGAAGGGAGGACUGAUAUGAAAUCAUAUAUUUUUGAUGUGAGAUAUCUGCGAUAUACAGUCAGGAAGGAUUUGUUUGUUUGCUGUAAAGUGAGAUAAGGAAGGAUGUGCUUGUUUGCUAGACAGUGAGAUCAGGAAGGAUGUGCUUGUUUGCUGGACAGUGAGACAAGGAAGGAAUUAUUUGUUUACUGGACAGUGAGAUUGGAAAGGAAUUAUUUGUUUGCUGGACAGUGAGAUCAGGAAGGAUGUGCUUGUUUGCUAGACAGUGAGACAAGGAAGGAUGUGCUUGUUUGCUGGACAGUGAGAUCAGGAAGGAUGUGCUUGUUUGCUAGACAGUGAGAUCAGGAAGGAUGUGCUUGUUUGCUGGACAGUGAGAUCAGGAAGGAUGUGCUUGUUUGCUGGACAGUGAGAUCAGGAAGGAUGUGCUUGUUUGCUGGACAGUGAGACAAGGAAGGAAUUAUUUGUUUAUUAGACAGUGAGAUUGGAAAGGAUUUACCAUAAAUCAAAUCUUCAAGAUAAUCAAUGAUUUAUGCAGAACUUAAGUUGUCAUGUCAACUGAAUACCAAACUGUAAGUUGAGGAAGAAUUAUAUUGAUGCUAACAGUAAGACAAAGGACUAGCAUGUAAACCUAUAUAAAAUGGUCUGAAUGGAUUUAUAAGAUAUGUUAUAUUAGGUACACAUCUACUUCCUAUAGUUCUUUGACCAGGUAUGAAAUCAAGAAGUAAACAAAU